AUUGACGUUACAAUGAUGAUCAGACAUUGGGCAAUCUUUUUGUUUCAUGCCAACUCCGUUUGUGCAUUAACCAAGGACAUUGUUCAACCAAACCCAGUGAUGGUUACUCACCGGGGAGCUAGUGUGAAUAUCACUUGCUUUUGGCCAACUGAUGUCAAUACCUAUGUUGUUUGGUUCAAGCAGACUCUUGGACAGAAACCCCUUCUCAUGACAUCGACACUUUCCAGUGGACAAUAUUUUUACUUCAACAACUUUACCAAGAAUUUCACUGAGACUAAACAUCUGAGUGUGAAGGAAGGAGUUGACAGCUUUAACCUGACCAUCUCUAAGACAGAGCCAUGGGACUCUGCUACAUACUACUGUGGUGCCAUGAAAGUGGGUAAAGUCAAAUUUGGAGAUGGAACUUUAUUGAUUGUAAAAGGUUCAGAGUCCAACAGCAUGUCUGUGCACCAGCAGCCUUUGUCUGAGUCAGUCCAGCCAGGAGACUCUGUGACUCUGAACUGUACGAUACACACUGAGACCUGUGCAGGAGAACACAGUGUCUAUUGGUUCAGACAUGGCUCAGGAGAAUCCCAUCCAGGAAUCAUUUACACCCAUGGAGACAGGAGUGAUCAGUGUGAGAAGAGCCCUGAGGCUGGGUCUCCUACACAGAGCUGUGUCUAUAACCUCCCCAAGAGGAACCUCAUUCUCUCUGAUGCUGGGACUUACUACUGUGCUGUGGCCUCAUGUGGGGAGAUACUGUUUGGGAAUGGGACCAAGCUGGAUGUUGACCAUGGUUGUAAAGAGGACCAUCUUCUCUUGGUGUACUGUCUGGGUGUAGCGUUGGCUCUUUGUGUCAUCCUCAUCAUUGUCCUUGCUUAUGUUUUGUAUAAGAUGACCAAGAAAACCUCUCUACUGUGCAGAGCAACGCACCCUCAGACAAGUGGUCUGGCAGUCGCCAGUUCUCAUAACCAGGAUCAAGAAGAUGAUGACACACUCACGUCGGUCCAUUACGCUGCUCUGAAUGUCAUCCACAAGAAGCCAAAGAGCCGGAGACAGAGGAGCACCAUGGAGAGAGACACUGUGUACUCUGGGCUGAGGUGCCAAAACAUGGACUGA